AACUUUUCUUUACAAAGCAUCAUGUUUGAUUAUAUAAUAUACAAGGAGCUUAAAAAAAUGCUCCAUAAUCAAAGAUAUAUUCAGUCUCUGAAAAAUUCCUGGUCAUCUUGAUAAAAUAGAUUUGCUUCAAUGGGCACAUUUAGUCCUGCCUAGAAAAUCCCAGGAGUUGUACGAGUGUGGUGUCAUUGGUGGUCAGAUAAAGGAAAGCUUAUUUGCCCUCAAAUAAGCUGCGUUUCUGAUAUAGAUGAUUAGAUAGGCUCCCAUUUCAGCAAUUUUUUUUUGCUCUCUUUAAGACGUUAUAUCACAUUUGCUGAGAUACCUGGGGCAAGUCCUGUGGUUUUUUGGUACCUGAGUUUCCUCAUUUGAGUAAUGAGAAGAUUGGGCUAGAAUAGUUGUCUGUUUCAGAUGAGGCUCAUGGAUUCUCCUUGUGGAAAUGGGGGGGGAGGUAUUGAGGUGGCAUGGGUCCAGGUCUCCCAUCCUGGCCUGGACAAGACCUGCUCCGUGGGUGGCCCUGGGAGGUGAGUUGGAAGAGAGGAGGAGUCACUUCAGUUCCACAUGCAUUCUUGAGGCCCUACUGUGUGCCAGGCAUAUUGCCAGGUGCUUGGGACACCAGGAUGACCAGACCCAGUGACUGACCUCAGGUACCUUAAAGUCUCCUGGAGGAGACAGACAAGGACGCAGAUAAUUCCAGCAGUUUCUCCCGCUAGGUCAGGGGCUGAUUGGAGAAUGAGGAAGGAGGCGGGCCCACGCACGGGUGAUGCUCAAACUCUCCACGUAUCAUGAUUCAGGGACUUCAGCAUGCUGGUGAAAGGGCUGUUAGGGAAACAGCCGGUCUUGAGCAUUCAAAAGAGCACAGAAUUUGCCCUUACAGCUGGGAGAACCUCAAGAGGUCACUCGAGGUGUGCUUUAGUACCCUGGCAGGCCCCCCUGCUUACAUAUCCAGUUUCCGCUCUCUUCUCUCCUCUCGUGGGUGAACAUCCAGCCCUGUGAACCAAGCAGUCUGACCUCCGAGCCUUUGCGGAUGCUGUUUCUUCUGCCUGGAACCCCUCGUGUCUCUGCUGGGCAUGUUCUAACCUGUCUGUUAGUUCUCAGCUUAGAUUUCACUUCCUUAGGGUAGCCUUUCUAUGCUGCCGCUCCCAUCCCCUGCCGAGUUAGAUGCUGUGGUCCUUCCUCCCACACACCUGCAUUCACCCUUGUCAUAACAACUUAAUGGUACUCAAUUGUAAUUGCCUGUCCUCUUCGAAUUGCUAUGAGAGCUCCUGGGUGCCUAGGAUGGUUUCAUUCAUGGAAUUCUCUCCACGGCCACGAUGCUUGACACAUAAUAAGUGCUCAGUAUAUACUUCUUGAGUGAGUGAGUGUCCUCGCUUUAUAGAGGAGGUUGCAGGGGCUCAGAGAGGUUAAGUGACUUGCCCAAAGUCAGGCAGCUCUGGGAGGCUGGGAAGGGAUUGGAUCCCAGGGUGAGAGUCUAAAGAGGAGGCAAAGUCUGGCUUCCCCAGGGCUGUAAUCCAAGUUCUCUCUGCCAGUAGCUUGGAAGGGAAGGAAAGGCACCCUUGUUUAGGGAUGCCCCCUUUCCUUCUCCCCAAAGCUUCCCACUCUGACUCUGAUGCAAUGAUCAGCUCACACUGGGGGUUCCUAAAAGCAAAGCAAAACAAACAAACAAAAAAGAGUUUUGUGAGAGGGGGUUACCAUGCUUAUUCGAAUUUCUAGGACUUUUGUCGAAAGUCCUACAAUUUUUUCCCCAAGUUAACAACUUGUCCCCAUUUUCUAUUUUGUAAAUCUCAUCAAAGAAUCAGAAAGAAAGGAAAACCACCCUUUAUGUAACUGGAAGACAUAGUAAGAGGAGUCAGGAGCACUGUAACCGUGUGGCUAGGUGUCAGUGCGUGUAUAUGCACGUGCUGUGUGUGCAUUCGCAUGGACACAUUCAGGUGUGGGGUGGUUGCAUACAUUUGAGGACACAGCUUGCACAUAUGCUUAAAAGGGUCUUAAAUUAAAUUCCUUUUUGCUUUGGUCACUGAGCAGUUCUGUAAAUAUCAUUUAAAAGAGAAUUUCAAACUGUGCUCAAGCAGCAGCAAUAACAAAGAAAAGAAAACCUGAGCCGGCAAAUAAAAUGGGAGCUGGCAAAAGCAGCUGAAGUGGUUGAAGUUUUCAGCAAAGAGUGUUCUCCCACGACCAUUAGGCAUGGCCCUCAAGCCUUUUGUGAAUAGGAUAUGUUGGUUAAGUGGCAUCCGGUUUCAGCAGCCUAUGAAAAGCACAGAGAAAACACUAAGACAGCAAAAGUUUUAAUCCACAUAAAGCCCAGGAAAAAGGCAUUCUGUUUCUCUUCCGCACAAUAAUCGCGUCUAGACACCGCAGACUUUGCUGAUCAUCUUCACCCUAAAUGCCAGUAAAUGCUGGUGGGGUGUUAUUUAACUAUGGCUUCAUUAAAACUCUCUUUGAUUCAUAAGCUUUUGUCACUGUAAGAGAUUUUGAGGGUGACAAGGAGAAUAAACUGAGGCCCGGAGCUUGAGUAAUUUGUGCACAUUUACCAAGUUGAUAGCUGGACAAGGACACAAACACCAGCACUGGCUGAAGGUUUGCUGGCAUGGGUAAUCUCAUUAAGGUGCUAACCAGGGACAUAGACCACAAUGCAGCACAUUUUUUCUUGGACUUUGAAAAUGCCCAGCCUACCGAAUCUGAGAAGGAAAUUUAUAAUCAGGUGAACGUAGUAUUAAAAGAUGCAGAAGGCAUCUUGGAGGAUCUGCAGUCAUAUAGAGGAGCUGGCCAUGAAAUACGAGAGGCAAUCCAGCAUCCAGCAGAUGAGAAGUUGCAAGAGAAGGCAUGGGGUGCAGUUGUUCCACUAGUAGGCAAAUUAAAGAAAUUUUAUGAAUUUUCUCAGAGGUUAGAAGCAGCAUUAAGAGGUCUUUUGGGAGCCUUAACAAGUACCCCAUAUUCCCCCACCCAGCAUCUAGAGCGAGAGCAGGCUCUUGCUAAACAGUUUGCAGAAAUUCUUCACUUCACACUCCGAUUUGAUGAACUCAAGAUGACGAAUCCUGCCAUACAGAAUGAUUUCAGCUAUUAUAGAAGAACAUUGAGUCGUAUGAGGAUUAAUAAUGUUCCAGCAGAAGGAGAAAAUGAAGUAAAUAAUGAAUUGGCAAAUCGAAUGUCUUUGUUUUAUGCUGAGGCAACUCCAAUGCUAAAAACGUUAAGUGAUGCCACAACAAAAUUUGUAUCAGAGAAUAAAAACUUACCAAUAGAAAAUACCACAGAUUGUUUAAGCACCAUGGCUAGUGUAUGCAGAGUCAUGCUUGAGGAAUACAGAAGCAGAUUUACAAAUGAAGAGACAGUGUCCUUCUGCUUGCGGGUCAUGGUGGGCGUCAUAAUACUCUAUGACCAUGUACAUCCAGUGGGAGCAUUUGCCAAAACUUCAAAAAUUGAUAUGAAAGGUUGUAUCAAAGUUCUUAAGGAACAACCUCCUAAUAGUGUAGAAGGUCUUCUAAAUGCUCUCAGGUACACAACAAAACAUUUGAAUGAUGAGACUACCUCCAAGCAAAUUAAAUCCAUGCUGCAAUAACAGUUCUGGAAUAAGCACCUGCUGUAGAAAGAAGACAGUAUUCUGCAAUGACUGAGAAUGCACAGUUUUUUAGUGAUUGCAAUUACUAUCUCAUUUAUUCUUGCUUUUUAUUUCUUUCCUCUAUUCCUCUCCCCUUUUUUAAUCAUGUUCUUCUUGUUCUUAAGACUUCUUUUCUGUGCCAAAUCAAAAAGUUAUACCCUGAAGGGAUAUUGUCCUUUCAAACAGGCCAUCUAAGGCAGCUAAUUAUGCAUUGCAUUGGGGUCUCUACUGAGAGAAAUUUUGUGACUUGAACUAAAUAUUUUUAAAUGUGGAUUUUUUUUGAAAACUAAUAUUUAAUAUUGCUUCUCCUGCAUGGCAAAACUGCCUUUUCUGCUAUUUAAAAACCCUCACUGACUUUAUUUUCUACUGCCGCUUUUUUCAUGUGCAGCCAAAAUGAAAAUGUUUAAAUUAACUGUGUUGUACAAAAUGGUACCCAACACAAACUUUUUUUAAAUUAGUAAGACUUUUGUUUAAAGUUUUAAGUUUGCAUUUUGACCUUUUUUGUAAGGAUGUAUGUUGUGUGUUUAACCUUUAUUAACUAACGUUAAAAACUGUGAUGUGUGCGUAGAAUAUUACGUAUGCAUGUUCAUGUUUAAAGAAUGGCUGUUGAUAAAAUAAAAAUCAGCUUUCAUUUUUCUAAGUGUG